CAAAACACGAUCUUAUGAGCUUGACGCUGAACCACGCAGAACUGUUCAAGGUCGGCGCCAUCUCGAGCCGCGCGACGCUCAAGUUGCUUCCUCUUAGCAAGAAGAAGAAGAAGCAAAAACUGGUUGUCGGCGAUGAUUCCGGCGUCGUAUCUUCGUUUCAGAUGAAGAAGGGUGAGCCAGCAGCUGUGUACAAGUCUAACGCCCACGCAAACCCAAUCACGUGCAUCACGUUGGGCAACUUCAAGGGCACGGAAGACCGCGCGUACGUGUCGAGCGGCCAGCAAGUCGUCGGGUACAACAAGAAGGGCAAGGAGUUUUUCAAGUUUCCGACCAACUUGUCGGAAACGAUCAACCGCGUGCACUCGUACGACAGCAAGCUGUGGAUAUCCACGGAUUACAUUUACAACCAGUUUGAAAACGGCGUCGACAAGGAAACGUCCAUGUGCCAAGACCGGAUCCACGACCUCCUCUUGCAUCAAGACGCCGACUCGAACGAGUUUCACGCAGUGUUGGGCUGCCAGGACAAGUACAUUCGUGUGAUGCGGGGCAAUGUCGUGCUCGCCAAGAAGGCGACGUCGGGGGCUGUCACGACGCUCACGAGCAUGGGCUCCAAGAUUCUGUACGGCACCGCGGGCGGCACAUUCGGCCUUGUGACGCUCACCAACGGCGGCAAGCUCAAGACUGUGUGGAAGACGGCGCAGGACAAGGCCGCGCCGUCGCCCAUCACAUCCAUGGUCACGUACGAUAUCAACAAGGAUGGCGCCGCCGAAGUCGUGAUUGGCCGGGAAGACGGGCGCGUGGAGAUCUACUCGGUUGACGAGAGCGGUAACAUCGUCAAAGAGUUUGAAUACGUGGCCAAUGAAAGCGUCCGCGCGUUGCAGGCGGGGGUGCUCGGCACUCCAGGAUAUGACGAAGUGGUGCUGUGCACGUACUCUGGACGGGUCAUGUCGCUCACGUCUGAACCGUUGGAUCAACCGGACAUGGAAGACAGCUAUGGGCGGUCGCGCGGCACGGUGCAGCGGGAGACGCGCAUCGUCAAGCUGCGCAAAGAGAUUGCGAUUCUCGAGGAAAAGGUGCUCAAAGAGAAAGAAAAGUCGUCUCGAAAAGGCGACGAGUGCCUGCCCGUGGUCGAGGAAGUGCCCGUGAACUGCCAAUGCGUGCUCAAUCCGGAUAACCAAACGUACGACAUUGCCGUCGAAAUCCCCGUGCCCAUUGCGUGCGUGAGUUUGCACUCGAGUGUGCCGCUGGACUUGCUCGACACGGUCAAAAACCAAGCGAUUUUGUGCCGGUCGCCGACCACCAACUCACACGUGCUGGCCACGUACCGGUGCCAGGAGCUGACCAACCGCCUCGAGUUCCGUAUCCGGACGCUCGAGGGACAAUACGGCGACGUUGAACUCACGGUACUGGCCGAGACCGUGCCCAAGGCGGCGCAAUGCGUCAAGGUCGUGGUGAAGCCGCUGAGUUUGCACCACCGCGUGAACGUUGUCGACUCGGCCGACGUGGAUGAAAGCGUCAUGAACUCGCUCCACUUUACUGGCGCGUUUUCGUUGAUUCAAGUGCACGAGUGGGUAUCUUUUUGCCUCCCAGAUGUCCCCGUGCGCAUGCAAGAUGACGAGGGCAAACUGUUCUUCCGCAAUACCUUCGUUGGCAACAUCCUUGUGUGCGAAUACAAGUACGUCGGUUGCAUCUGGUCUUAGUAUGCAUAGGAUAUAUAUAUUGCAUAAGACUGUGAUAACGUUAUGGGGAUUCACAGAAAGGGCGAGGCGCGGUUCCUGUCGAGCUCAGUGUCGGCGAUCGCCAUCUUGAAGGAAGUCAUCACGAAGGAGGCGACGGCGCGCAAGGUUACGCUCAACAUGACGUUCGACAUCAAGAACGAGAGCACGGCGGUCGUACUCGCCCUUCUCCGCCCCAAGCUGGACGAGAAGCAGAUGCUGGCAUCGCAAGUCAAGAUCCUCGACGGCAUCAAGGAGCUACAAAUGCACGAGACAGAUCAUGCGCUGUGGAUGUCGCCAGAGUACCAGCGCAUCCUGGCCGACGCCGACCGCAUCGUGGCUGCCUUCGACGCCCAUCCCCGGGCCAUGACGUACCUCACGGGCGUACUCACCGACUUGUACGUGGACAUUUCAAAGUUCCGAGGGGUCAACCCCAAGACCCACUUGCCGCGCCUGUUCCACCUCCUGGACCAAUACAACUUUGACGCACUUGUCGAGUUCUUUACCCGCGCGCCAUAACGUGGAUCCGUCAUCAUCAUCACCAGUCGGGAAGUCGAGGACGCGAUUCCUAAUAAAGAACUACGACAUAACGUUAGUUGUUUUUUUGAGAAUCCCAAA